AAAUGUAAGUCAUCAUGCAGUCGUGUGUUGACAAUUUGACGUUCCGCAUCAGCUGUGUUUAUUAAUGUGUGUAUAUAAAUCGGCAGUAUACUGAGUCAUUUUUUUUUUUCGUCACAUUAGUUGGAUUAAAUUUAUGCGUAAAUCUGUGAUUGUUUUCUAAAAAAUUAGUUUUUCCUCUUAAAUCAAUGAAAAUGGAGCAAGAUGUUCUAAUCACAUUUUUACCAAACGAAGUAAUUGAAGUUAUAUUGGAAAAUGAGAAUCUAAAUUUUGUUGAUGUUGUCAAUUUUGCCAGGACCUGUAAACAUCUACAUAGAACUGUUUUUUUUAGCAACAAAUUAUGGAGAAUUAAAUUUUUUCAAAGAUGGCCCCUCUUGAAAGAAGCAUACGAAAGCUAUGAGAAGCAUGAAACAAAAAUAAAAAAUUGGUUAGAUGAAAUAAAAGCGAGCAUUGCAACAAGAAGUGAACUGAUGCGACGUUUGUCUGAAAUGUCAGGAAAAAAUUACAGAAAACAAGAGCUUUCACAUUCAGAAUUAAAGGACUUUGAUCCUCUUUUCCGUCCAGAUGAAGGCUCUCAUCAUCUCGCUUAUCAUUUUUGCGUUGACGAACUCACUGACCUGAUAAAAAAAUCAGACUUAAAUAGUAAUUUAACUGAUAAAUAUUAUGCGCAUAAAGUUGCGCGCUAUAUGCGACAAUAUCGUUUAACUGAGGAAUGGCAAAAAUUUACAAAUUUACCACCACGAGAACAAAUAUUAGAACGUGGCGCUGUUCUUGUUGCACAAUGGAGUCAACCUGAGAAAUAUGUUAAUUAUUCAUGUGUUUCCUCUCAAUUGGAUGAAAUUGCUGAACGAACAAAAUCAGUAUUAAAAGAACAACAUCCACAGCAUCCUUUAUUUUCCCUGCCAGCUGAACAAUUUCGACAUUGGAGAAUGAAAAAUAUUGACGAUAAUCAAUGGUCCGGAACAAGAACACGACAAGUGAUUGCAGCGCUUCGUGAAAUAAUGUUCAAUAGACUUGGAUUUCAAGGUGACAGCGAAAUGUAUUGCACAUCGGAAAUGUAUUACUCAUCGGAAAAUUCUUUCAUUGAUCAAGUUUUAGAGAGAAAACAUGGAAUUCCAAUUACAAUUGCCAUUAUUUUUGAAAGUGUUGCAAGAAGAGUUGGCGUUAGAUGUGAACCCGUUAGUUCACCAGCUCAUUUCUUUCUUCGUUGGAAAGAAAAAUAUAACGUUCCAGAAACAGAAGAUGUGGAAAUUUUCUACAUUGACGUGUUCACCGGUCAAUUUUUAACAAAGAAUAAUUGUCCUCGCAUUGGAAGACUUUCGAUGUAUCCAAUGGAAUGUUACAAUUCUCUAAAUGCCGCAACUGCAGUCGAAGUUGUGCAAAGAAUGGCGAAUAAUUUAGAAGUUGCCGCUAGACAAUGCACGUACUUAAAUGGAAGAGCAUCACGAUUACGAUCUGCAUUGGAACUAAUGCACAUGGUUCGUCCUUAUGAUAAUGCAACAAUUUUAGAUUUGGCUCGAUUUUACAUGCUCCAUCAAAUGGAUUUGGCGAAAUUAGUCGAUGUUUUAAAUCGAAUACAGGAGGGUUCAGAGCUUUCUUCAAGAGGACCAGCUUGCAGUAUUUUAAGAAUGUUACAAGACUAUGAAAAUCACAUGAACGUUGUGCGAGAAGAAAUAAUUGAAGUAAAAAGAAGAAAACCGGAAGUGAAAUAUGCGAUAGGAAUGAUAAUGAAGCACCGAAGAUACGAGUACACGUGCGUAAUAACUGGAUGGGAUGCUCGAUGUGAAGCCUCACUCGAGUGGAUGAAUGAAAUGGGGGUUGAGGAAUUAUCAGGCGGCUCUCAUCAACCAUUUUACAAUGUUUUUGCUGAUGACGGCUCUUCUCGCUACGUUGCUCAAGAAAAUUUGUUAAUUCUGUCUACACCUCAGUGGAUAAACAACUUUGAAAUUGGAAGGUAUUUCUGCGAAUUCAAUGGAACACAUUAUACACCAAACGCGGAAAAAACCGCAGAAUAUCCCGAGGAUGCAGAAGUUCGAAAUAGUUUAAUAACAACCUGAAUCUAAAGAGUAAUAUAAUUAUUAUAAGUACAAAAUUCCAUCAAAGUUAGAAAUUUCGUCUCUUUUGCAUUCACAAACAAAAAAAUAAAUAAAAAUAAUAAUCAUCUUAGAAAA